AUGGGCCUCUUGGACCGGCUCCGAGCCCGUCCGCGGCGCAGUGCGGGGCUUGCGACCGAGCACCAAACGCCGCCCCGCUCGGCCAGGACCACUGGCCGCGAUUACACUAGAAAGCUGCCCCGUCCUGUGCUCGCAUACAUCUUCGCCCAUGUGUGCCCACACACUGUGGACAAUUCCUAUGAGACCUCCGAGGAGUCGAUGACCGAUGGCUGCAUGCUAUGUGACAUGCGCGACCUGGCGCACUGCGCGCAGGUCUGCAAGCGCUGGUUCCUCGAAGCACGCGCGCUCCUCUAUACGAAUGUUCGCAUUGAUCCCGUCCACUACUGCGAACUCGAAGUCGAACUCGCGGCCAAGCGCAAACGCCGCUCCUUCUUCGAUCGCAAUGGCGACCCGAUCGACGCCCCGCAAGUCCGCCUCGAGCUCUUCAUGCGGUCUGUCCGUGAAGCACAAGGCCUAGGUAAUAUGGUCCUCUCGCUGCGCAUGCCCUAUAUGACCCGGGAAGCCAACAAGGCCACCAUCGCCCGCACCAUCUCCGUCCUCCCCAACCUCCGCUUUGUCGACCUCCCGGCCGGGCUGUUCAGUGAUGAGCCUUCAUGCGCAGCGCUGAAACAGGAGCUGAUGAUCCGUUGCCCCGAUCUUCGCCGCAUCGCUUAUCGCCAUGGAGCCGAGGGCGGAUUUGCGCGCCUUCCGGGCUCGCAGCUGUGGGUCAACUUGGAAAAAUUGGAGCUGUCAGGACUGCAAAUCGAAGCCGGAACGCUUCGUAGCGGCCUAGCUUCGUUCCCCCAGCUGCGUGAUGUCACGUUGGACGACCUCCCGUGGCUCGAGGACUCGGCAUUUGCUGGCAAUGGGUCGCUUCCCCCCUUUCCGGCGGUGCAGCAGCUGACCCUUCGAGAGACUCCCAACGUCACGGCAGGCGGGCUUGCCGCGCUUCUCUCCGCGCCAGAAAACCGAACCGCCCUGCAGUCUUUGACUCUGGCCGCGACGGGGGUCCUUCCCUCGACCCUGCACCGAAUCUUAUCGGUGGCUCCGCGGCUCGAGAACCUCUCCAUAGUCCAGGAAGUCGCUCGAUCCUUCCCGGCUGAGCACCUCCUCCAUUAUGAGAUUACAUCGGAGGCGGAGGCAAAUGGGUUGCCCCCGGUGACAGGCUCGUACUAUACCUACCUCAUUUCCUCCUUGAUGUCUCGCGCAUUACCUGCGCUGCGUGAUCUCUACGUUCGAGACGCACAGUUCCCCGACACCCUGCUCCUCACGCCGCCCCCGAGGCUUUUCGGUGGCGGUGAGAAUGGGCCCCAGUUUGGGGGCCGGGGUCUCUCUCAGCCAUUGAAUGUCUACAGCAAAGGUCUCGACGAGCUGGAGUGGAACUUUACCCCGUACGAUCCGGAUCCGGCGCUGGGACACAGUGGUGUCAAGACCCGGCCGGUGAGCUUCCAAGACGCCCAGCUAAGUCGAUCUUGGGGGGGAGAUGCUCGGAAGAGUGUGCUGGUAGGCAACGGCUUUGGCGGGUUCCUGGCCGUGCCUGCCGAGGAUGGGGAGCGCCCCAAGAGUAGCAGUGGAUACAAACGGUCCAGUCGACAGGAUCUCUGGCGGUAA